CCUUUGGAAUUGGUAGAGCGUUUUUUUAAAAACCUCUCUCUCUCUCUCUCUCCCCCUCACCCUACUCCACUCCUGGUUAAAAGGACUGAGAAACUGAGCCCUCCUGCAUUUCUCUCAGAAUGGAGUCUGUGCUGAAAUAUUUGGACUGGACCAGUGUGAGCUUGGCCCUGCUGGCUGGUCUGCUCAAUCUGCUUUUGUUGGAGAUCUUCAGGUUGAAUUCAUCCAGGAGCCGAAGCCCACCUGGACCCAAACCACUGCCCUUUGUGGGUAACCUGCCCCAGCUCUCAAAAGAUCGAAUGGCCUUCAUCAGAUCGUUGCCGAAAUAUGGUGAGAUGUGCUCCAUAUACCUGGGCAGGAAGCCAACGAUUAUACUGAACAACAUGCAGCUUGCAAAGGAAGCUUUUGUUCAGAAUGGGACCGUGUUUUCUGGGAGGCCUCUUCCACCUUUACAAGCGUGGAUCAACAAAGGCUAUGGUAUUAUUGGAGCCAAUUAUGGUCACUCUUGGAGGCAGCAGCACCGCUUUGCUCUGCACACACUGUGUGACUUUGGUCUAGGAAAGAAAACUGUGGAGGAGCGUGUGUCUGAGGAGGCGCAUUACCUCAUCAAGGAGAUGCUCAAACAAGAAGGGAAGCCUUUUAAUCCCAUCCACCAAUUUAUGAAUGCAGUUUCCAACAUAAUCUGCUCCAUCAUCUUUGGAGACCGCUUUGAGUACGACAACAAUCACUUUGCUAACCUGCUUGAAAUUCUGAAUGAAAACGUUCGGUUUGCUGGAUCAACUGCUGCUCAGAUCUUCAACUUGGUCCCAAUUAUAAAAUACUUUCCAGGGCCGCAUCAGAAGAUAUGGAAUAAUGUCGAAGCCUUAAAAAAAUUUCUCCUUGAAAUUGUGGAGGAGCACAAGAAGACUCUGGAUCCAGUAAACCUCCAGGACUUCACUGAUGCUUACCUGAUCCAGAUGUCCAAGCAAGAGGCAAAGGAAGACUCUACAUUCCAUGUGGAGAACAUGAUGAAGUCAGUCCUCGACCUGUUCAUAGCUGGAACAGAAACUACAGCGACCACCCUCAGAUGGGGCCUCAUUUACAUGAUGGACCACCCUGACGUCCAAGAGCGCUGUCAUGAGGAGAUCGUUCGGGUACUGGGUUUUGACUGCUCUCCCUGCAUGGAAGACCGCCCACAGCUCCCAUACACUUACGCCACUGUUUAUGAGAUCCAGCACUAUGCUAUCAUCACUCCUCUUGGCCUGAUUCACCAAACCACUCAACCAGCACUGCUACAAGGAUACCACCUGCCCAAGGGAUCUACAAUCAUGGUCAACUUAAAGGCCAUCAUGACUGACAAACAGCACUGGAAGUAUCCAGACACGUUCAACCCAGAGAACUUUCUGGAUGAAAAAGGACAGUUCUGCAGAAAUGACGCCUUUCUGCCAUUCUCUUUGGGUCCGAGGGUGUGUCUGGGUGAGUCUCUGGCAAAGAUGGAGCUCUUCAUCUUCUUCACCUCUCUGCUCCAGCGCUUAAAGUUCUCAUGGCCUGCUGGAGCUCCACGCCCAAACAUGGAUGGCAUCGUAAGCGUGGUUCGUUCUCCAUACCCCUUCGAUACCAUCUGCCGCAGCAGAGAGACCACCCACUGAAUCAAGUUUGCCCUUUACAUGUGAAUGGACAACAUCACCCCAGCAGAACUUCCCCUUCUUUAACACAUCUAAUCAAUCUCACUAAGAACACAUUAUCAAGCUCUUUCUUUCUACUAGGACCAAUCAGGGGUAAAUGUACAACAUAUGAUGUUUUCCACCAAAACAAAGGAGUUAGAUGGUUUAAAAGGAAUGUUGAGAAAAAAGGCCAGUUCUAUAAUAUUAUAUUGCUGCCCAAAUGUCUGAGUUUAAGUUUUGAUUCAAAAAGUUCUGACAAGACAAAUGGAAAAGAUAUAUUUAAGAUUCUGCAUUUAUGAUUUAUUACUGAGGCAUUAAGAAGAAUCAAAAGUAAAAUAACUCCCUUAUAGACAUCAGCUCACAGUUGAAGGUUGGGAAAAAUAUUUAAUGUGUAAAAUACAAUUAACAGUGUGCUAUAAAAUGUUUUAUUGAUCAUAGUUUCUGCUUAAUAAAGUAAUUUACUACUUUCACUACUACUAUUGAGACUAUUAAAAGUAUUAUCCAG